AUGGUUGACGUUCAAAAUGAUCUUCAAGAGCAAGCUUGUGGUGUUUGUUUAGAAAAAUAUAAUCAUCCUACAAAACUUCCCUGUGGUCAUGUAUUUUGCUUUUUAUGUGUAAAGGGCAUUGCAAUACAAAACAAGAAAUGUGCCAUGUGUCGUACUGAGAUACCUCAUGAUUAUUUAAAUAAUCCGGUAUUGUUGGACAACAUACUUGAAAAAAAUUCAAAAGAUUGCAGAAAUCAUGAUUAUCAGUGGUAUUAUGAAGGAAGAAAUGGCUGGUGGAAAUAUGAUGAAAGGAGUAAUUGCGAUCUGGAAGCUGCUUUUGUAAGAGGGGAAAAAGAUUGUAAACUCCUUCUAGCUGGAGCCUUAUAUCGUGUAGAUUUUGAAAAAAACUUGCAAGUGCGUCAAAAUGAUCAAACAAAACGACGUCGGGUUCGAAGAGAUAUGCCUACUCUACCUUCUAAAGGUAUUGCUGGAAUUAAAACAAGCAACGAUAAUCCUCGAGAAGAGAUAGAGGCAGAGUUACAUAGAGAAUAUUCUGAAAAUCCUGAAAACAAUCAAGAAAUUCCAGUAUCUGAAGACUCAAAUUCUAACGCUUCCGAAGAAGAUCUUAUCUCAGAAAUGUCCCAUAGUUUAAGCAAUAUUACAUUGCGGACCCAAGAAGAAGCUGCAAGUGAUUUGCCUGACACAGAGAACAGAUAA